AUUGUCACUUGUCAGUUGUCACUGUUUUGUGGCGUAUGACAACAUUUGUUAGUUUUUGCAUUUAUGCAAUUGUGUUUUCAAGUGUUUAAUAAAGUGUAUCCUACCUAGUAAUGUUGUGUAAUGCGCUGAUAUGACGAUCCUACGCGACGCAGCGAUUCAAUCAUGCUCCCACGGGCUGCAGCAGGUGUUCGCUUGGAAGAGAAAGUGUCGUGUGAAAUCGGGGAGUCGCCUUCAAUGAUGUGGAAGAGGUCGAUUGUGCAAGCGCAGGCAGCGCGCGCGCUCGCGCUCGCCGUGCUGCUGACGCUGUGCGGCGCGGCGCGCGCGGCCGACCUGGUGAUCGAGAUCCCGGGCUGGGGCGCGGAGGGCGGCGCGGACGGCGCGCACUACCGGCUGGACUACCGCCCGCCCGAGGGCUCGCCCGCGCCCAACUUCACGGUGCCCGCGCGCGCCUCCAAGAUCAACUUCCAGGGGCUGCCGGGUACCAAGUACCACUUCAUGCUGUACUACUCCAACGCCACCUUUGCCGACCUGCUCACCUGGAACCAGACUAUUAUCACAGCGCCCGAGCCGCCCUCCAACCUCACGGUGACGCUGGGCCGCAACAAGCAGGCCACCAUCCUGUGGGCGCCGCCCGCGCACGGCGACUACACCGGCUUCCGCUUCAAGGUGCUGCCGCUGACGGAGCGCGCGGAGGGCGGCGCACGCAACGUGACGCUGGAGGGCGCGGGCGACUGGGCGCACGUGCUGCGCGACCUGUCGCCCGGCGCCACCUACCAGCUGCACGCCUUCACGCUGCUGCACGACAAGGAGAGCGCCGCCUACGCCUCCUUCAACUUCACCACCAAGCCCAACACGCCGGGCAAGUUCAUCGUGUGGUUCCGCAACGAGACGACGCUGCUGGUGCUGUGGCAGCCGCCCUACCCGCCCGGCGCCUACACGCACUACAAGGUGUCCAUCGAGCCGCGGGACGCGCGCGACUCGGAGCUGUACGUGGAGAAGGAGGGCGAGCCGCCGGGGCCCGCGCAGGCCGCCUUCAAGGGGCUGGUGCCGGGCCGCGCCUACGACAUCUCGGUGCAGACCGUGUCGGACGCCCAGCUGUCGGCGCCCACCACGGCGCAGUACCGCACCGUGCCGCUGCGUCCGCGCAACGUGAGCGUGGACGCGCGCAGCGAGACCGCCUUCCGCGUGUCGUGGCUGCCGCCCGCCGAGCGCAGCGAGUUCGAGAAGUACCAGGUGACGCUGGCGGCGGCGGGCGGGCCGGGCGCGCGCCGCCUGCCGCCGCAGCUGCGCGCGCGCGACGAGCCGCCCGCCUGCGCCUGGGACGGACUGGAGCCGGGCGCGCACUACGCCGUGGCCGUCAAGACCAUGUCGGGCAAGGUCACGUCGUGGCCCGCCGCCGCCGACGUGACGCUCAAACCGCUGCCGGUGCGCGAGCUGCGCGCGCGCCUGGCCGACGACGGCGCCGUGCGCCUGCGCUGGCGGCCGGCCGACGGCAGCGCGCAGGACGAGUACCGCGUGGCCUACCACGAGACGGGCCCCUCGCGCGACGACAGCAGCGGCUUCAGCACGCCGCUGACGGAGGCGGCGCUGGCGGCGCUGCUGCCGGGCCGCAACUAUACCGUGAGCGUGGCUGCCGUGUCGCGCGGCGUGGCGUCCAACGAGUCGGCGGUGGCGGCGGCCACGCGGCCGCUGGCGCCCGCGCUGCGCUCGGCGGCGCCGCGGCAGCGCGCGCUGGCGCUGGCCUGGAGCUCGGACGUGAACUCGCGCCAGGACCGCUACGAGCUGCGCUACCGCCGGCGCGGCGCCGCCGACUGGCGCGCGCUGGACACGGCCGCCAGCGAGGCCACGCUGGAGGAGCUGUUCCCGGGCGCCGCGUACGAGAUCACGCUGGCCGCCGUGUCGCACGGGCUGCGCAGCGAGCGCCACAGCGUGCUGAAGCCGGUGCGGCCGCUGCCGGCCGAGUGGCUGGCGGUGGAGCGCGCGUCGUCCAACGCCGCCGCCGUGCGCUGGCGCGGCCCGAGCGCCGGCGUGGUGGGCGCCUUCCUGCUGCGCUACCGCGCCGGCGCCGCGCCGUGGCAGCGCCUGGAGCCGCUGCCGCCCGACGCCGACCACGCGGAGAUCGGCAACAUGACGCACGGCGAGCGCUACGACAUCCAGCUGGACACGCUGAGCGAGGACGCGGGCGGCGACAGCGCCGACAGCGGGCGCCCGCUGGCCGCCGCGCACACCGUGCGGCCCAACCCCGUGUCCAACGUGGCGGCGCUGGCCGACACGCGCAACGUGACGCUGGAGUGGCCGCGCCCCGCCGGCCGCGUGGAGCUGUACCGCGUGCGCUGGUGGCCGGCCGAGGACGAGGCGGACGAGGCGGCGCGCGAGGCCGAGGCGCGCGAGCGCGACGUGCCGGCGGGCGAGGCGCGCGCGGCGCGCGUGCUGCUGGACGAGCUGCUGCCGGGCCGCGGCUACGCGCUGUCCGUGGCGGCGCACUCCUACAACCUGUCCAGCGACCUGUUCACCAUGCACACGCGCACGCGCCCGCUGAUCCAGUCGGAGAUGACCAUCGUCAACGAGGCGGACGACGCCGACAAUGACACGCUGCCCGCCAUCCGGGUGCUGUACACGCGCACGCCGGCCGCCGCCACGCUGUUCGACGAGUACGUGUUCCGGCUGGAGGGCGGCGCCGACCCGCCGCGCGAGCUGCGCCGCGCCGCCGCCGCGCCCGCGCAGCAGGUGCACUUCGCCGCGCUGGUGCCGGGCCGCCUCUACAACCUCACCAUGUGGACGGCCUCGCGCAACGUCACCAGCCACCCCGUGCAGCGCCAGGCGCGCCUGUUCCCGCGCCCCGUGCGCGCGCUCAACGCCAGCGCCGCCUCGCCCACCAGCGUGCUGCUGGCCUGGGCGCGCCCGCCCGGCGACUUCACCGACUUCGAGGUGCAGUUCCUUGCCGCCGCCGACCAGCUGGAGGCGCGCAGCACGCCCGAACUGCGCCUGCUGCUGACCGGCCUGCGCCCGCACACGCUCUACACCUUCAGCGUGGAGACGCGCGCCGGCACGCCCGCCACCAUCCUCACGCGCUCGCCGGCGCGCUCGGGCGCCGUGCGCACGCUGGAGGCGCCGCCCGCCGCGCCCGCGCGCUUCGCGCCCACCGACUCGCGCCCGCGCGAGCUGCGCUUCGCCUGGGAGCUGCCCGAGCGCGACGCGCACGGCGAGCUGCGCCGCUUCGUGCUCGACUACUUCCCCGACGACGAGCCGGCCGCCGCGCGCCGCGCCGAGUUCCCGCCCGCCGCGCGCGCCGGCGCCGUCGCGGGGCUGGCGCCCGGCGUGCGCUACACCUUCCGCCUGGCGGCCGAGACGGGCGCGGGCCGCGGGCCGGCCGCCGAGUGGCGCCAGCGCACCGCCAUCGCCGCGCCGCCGCGCCCGCGCGCGCCGCCCGCCGCCGUGCGCCGCGCCGCCAGCAGCGUCACCGUGAGCUUCCGCGCCGACGACUUCUCGCCCGCCAACGGCAACGUCACGGCCUACACGCUGGUGGUGGCCGAGGACCCCGGCGCCGCCACGCCCGCGCGCCUGCCGGCCUGGCGCGACGUGCGCCGCCUGCCCGUGUGGCCGCCCUACCAGGCCGCCGAGCCGCACUACCCGUUCCGCGACGGGGAGCCCGUGGCGCUGUUCACGGUGGGCGCCGAGCGCUGCGACGGCGGCGACGGCGGCGACGCGGAGGUGGCGCGCUACUGCAACGGCCCGCUGAAGGCCGACACGCGCUACUACGUCAAGCUGCGCGCCUUCACCGCCAGCGACAAGUUCACGGACUCGGCGUACGCCGCCGUGCGCACCGAGGCCGACCGCGGCGGCUGGGUGGCGGGCGGCGCGGCCGGCGGCGCGCUGCUGCUGGCGCUGGCGGCCGGCGCGCUGCUGCUGCGGCGCCGCGCGCGCCCCGCCGCCGCCGCGCCCGGCGCCGCCGCCGGCCGCCCGGUGCGCGUGGCCGACUUCCCGGAGCACUGCCGGCUGAUGGCGGCCGACUCCGACUUCCGCUUCAGCGAGGAGUUCGACGAGCUGAAGCACGUGGGGCGCGAGCAGCCGUGCGCGGCGGCCGACCUGCCCGUCAACCGGCCCAAGAACCGCUUCACCAACAUCCUGCCGUACGACCACUCGCGCUACAAGCUGCAGCCCGUGGACGACGAGGAGGGCUCCGACUACAUCAACGCCAACUACGUGCCGGGGCACAGCUCGCCGCGCGAGUUCAUCGUGACGCAGGGCCCGCUGCACUGCACGCGCGACGACUUCUGGCGCAUGGUGUGGGAGUCGGGCAGCCGCGCCGUGGUCAUGCUGACGCGCUGCGUGGAGAAGGGGCGCGAGAAGUGCGACCGCUACUGGCCCGCCGACACGCGGCCCGUGCUGUACGGCGACAUCGCCGUCACGCAGCUCAACGAGAGCCGCUUCCCCGACUGGACGGUGACGGAGCUGUGCGUGGCGCGCGGCGCCGAGCAGCGCGUGCUCACGCACCUGCACUUCACCACGUGGCCGGACUUCGGCGUGCCGUCGCCGCCCACGGCGCUGGCGCGCUUCGUGCGCGCCUUCCGCGAGCGCUGCCCCGCCGCGCCCGACGCGCGCCCCGUGGUGGUGCACUGCAGCGCCGGCGUGGGCCGCUCCGGCACCUUCGUCACGCUGGACCGCGCGCUGCAGCAGCUGGCGGCGCGCGCCGACACCAUCGACAUCUUCGGCAUGGUGCACGAGCUGCGGCGCGAGCGCGUGUGGAUGGUGCAGACGGAGCAGCAGUACAUCUGCGUGCACCAGUGCGUGCUGGCGGCGCUGCAGGGCGCCGACCUGCAGCCGCCCGCCAGCCUGCCGCACCACCACAACGCCGCCUACGAGGACGACGAGGGCAUCGUGGAGUCCGGCAUGUGAGGCGCGCCGCCUCCGCCCGCCCGUCCGUCCGUCCGUCCGUCCGUCCGUCCGUCCUGCGGCGCUCACAUCGGCAGCUGUACUUAUGUUAUUAUAGAUCUAUAUGUUAUUGUAAGUUACGACAUAAUGAAUCUCAACGUGUACUUAAUUAA